UUUGGGGCACUUUUGUUGUGAUAUUGACUGUUAAAAUUAUAUCUAUCUAUUUUUUUGUUGUUUUCUGUGCUUUUUGUUGUAAAACCAAGUUUAGCACGCAGAACAAAAGCCACAAAGGUUGAGUUCUUGCUGUAUCUACCGCACAACGGAGCAAGGCGGAUAGAUAGACAAAUAUUAUAAAAUUUUAAUUAAAUUUCCCCAAAAAGUGUAAAGUACAACAAAAAAAAAAUACAAAAGGUGCUGUUGGAUACGUUUCGUACAGUGUUAAAUUACUUCUGUGUACAUGCUCGUUAUACAAUGCAAAGUUCAAGAUUGAUCAAAACAUUUCGGGCGUUGUAUUUUAUUUAUUAAAAAGGGAGAAACAAACAUCUCGGCAUAUAAGGAGCUUACAAGACAAGUAGCAAGAGUAAAGCGGCAUUAAUAAACACAAAACAUGGUCUUAAGCGGAUUAGCAAUCCUUUUGGUACUGUACAUUAUCUGGGACGUGAAUUAUUUUGUUAGAUUUGUAUUUACUGUUGUCCUCGGCAAACUAUUUGGCAAGAAGACCAAAAUAACGGAUGAGACAAGUAUUUAUGGUCUCUGCACGAGCCAAGAUGUCGAUAUUUUCAUUCGGCACAUGAACAACGCCCGUUACUUGCGAGAACUUGACUUUGCGCGUUUCCAUUAUUACGCGUUGACGGGUUUGUAUGAGCGAAUUAAGCAACAAGGAGGCGGCGCCGUGCAAGGAGCAUCAAGCAUCCGCUAUCGUCGUUCGAUUCCCAUUUUGAAUCCGUACAAAGUCACAACGAAAUUGGUUUGGUGGGACGAGAAAGCAAUUUAUUUGGAACAAAAGUUCAUAACGUUCGACAAGUUUGUGCGGGCAACCGCGAUGUCAAAACAAUGCAUCACGAAUGUCAAUGUGCUGGAUGUCAUGAAACAAUUUCCGGGCGGCGAAAAACCACCAACCAUGCCCGAAGAAUUGAAAUUGUGGUUGGAUUCGAUUGAAGUAUCCAGUCAGAAAUUAAGAAAGGACAAAUAAUUUUUUUUUAGAAAUUUUUUUAAUAAAUUCCGUUAAAUUGUGUGUUGUGGUUGGAAAAAAAACUCUUAUCUCUGAUUGAUGUGCGGCGGCGACGACACAGAGCGUAAUGAUGAUGAUUAUUGCUUAAAUUGCACUUUUUAUCUCGUGUCGUCUUCAUUUUCCUCCCAUUCGUCUCAUUACUUGUGUGUAAAAUAAAAUAAUGAACAAGCAAUUUAUUAUUUAAAAAAAAAAGAAAAAAACGAAGAAGCAACUUGGCGUUCACAAUUUAUUAUGUUGGUAUCAUCAUCAGAGCAGCAGACCACACUGUUGCAGCAAUAUUUUUGUAGUUUGAUUAAUGUUUCGGGUGAUAAGGGUAAUUUAUGUCCUUUUUAGUUAAAUUGGUUCAAUCGGUCCUUUUGUUGUCAUUUGCCUGUCUUGUUUUGUGAAAUAUAAAAAUGACAAUGGAAUUUCGGUGACAAGUUUUUUUUU